CCAAAAAGUAGCUAACCGCCUUUGGCACAAUUUUACUACAACUCCCAAGAUUCAACACGGGACACUGAGCACCACCGCUCAACUCUCCGGGUUUGGACAUGAACUGAAUUAUUCAACGCGAGAACCUUAGCGCCACCGCUCAACUUUCCGGGUUUGGACAUGCACUGAUACCAACAAACAGACCUUCCGCGUGGGAUUGGAGCUCAGCAGUCCUCCAAACGCGACCGAGUGAAGGGAAGAGAUUUCCAGCGUGGUUUUAAAAACGGACUGUCGGCAUGGGGAAUGGGAUUAACAAGGUCCUUCCAGACCUUUAUUUAGGGAAUUUCAAAGAUGCCAGAGACAGAGAAGCACUUGCUAGAAACAAUAUCACACACAUCCUGUCCAUUCAUGACAGUGCAGCUCCCAUCUUACAGGAGAUGACCUACCUCUGCAUUAUAGCGUCUGACGUGCCCACACAAAACCUGACUCAGCACUUUAAGCAAAGUAUAAUGUUUAUGCACGAGUCUCGGCUGAAAGGAGAAGGCUGCCUUGUUCACUGUUUGGCCGGAGUGUCCCGCAGCGUCACCCUGGUGGUGGCUUACAUCAUGACUGUGACGGGUCUGGGCUGGGAGGAGGCGCUGGCCGCUGUUCGGGUUGUUCGGCCGUGCGCCUGUCCCAACCUGAGCUUCCAGCAUCAGCUUCAAGAGUUUGAGGCCACCCAAGCUGAAGAGUUCAGAGAAUGGCUACGAAAUGAAUACAAGGACAACCCCUUCAACGACGAAGCUGACAUACGGGACUUGCUGGCCAGAAAGCUCAAAGUCAAAGAUGAGGAAAAGGACGAAGAAGACGUUCUUCUCUGAACGUUUGCAGCUCUGCCUGGACUGUGCAAUGCAGAAAUGCUGUGUGGAUUUCUGUUGUGGUCUGCAGUCAGACAUCUUUGUAGUUGAUGCACAUGAAUGUAAAAAUGUUAUGAAUCAAAUGUCCAUUAAAAAAUGUAAACGGCAAAUGUGUGUUUUAUAAAUAAAAGUAUGAGAAUUGUUCGUU